AUGACGAUGUUGGCAAAGAUGGUAAAAUUUAAGGAAGAGUGGAAGGCUUAUACCCGUCAUUACCCAAUCUUGGGACUGAACCUGUUGAGGCUUCUUGUACAAAAUAGAAUUGCAGAGUUUCACACUGAAUUGGAGUUGCUUUCAUCUACUGCCUAGGAGAAUCCUUGCAUUAAGCAUGCGGUGGGGCUGGAACAGUCCUUUAUGGACGGAGCCUACAACCGUAUUUUGAUUGCUAGACAGACCGUGCCACAUGAAACUUACGUGCACUUCAUGGAUUUGUUGGCCAAAACUGUGAGAGAUGAGAUUGCGGGCAGUGAGAAGGCAUAUGAUUCGCUUUCACUAAAUGAUGCGCGGUGUAGACACCUACUUUUGUCCCCAUUCCCGAAAGGGAAGGUUCGAUGAUGAGAACAUAAAUCUCCACUUGGCAACGUAUCUCCUAUAAAAUAAAUGAAUCUCAAUCACCCCUUCAUUUCAGCCGAAGCUACUAUUUAUAGAAACCUGCUAAUAAUAGAAACUGCCGUAAAAGGUAGUUGUUAAAAGUGGAAAAGUUAUAAAAGAUAGAAACCUGUCAGAAUUAGGUGUUGCACUCCAACAUAAAUCCUAAAAGAGAUAGAAUUUGCAUUCCUGGUAUAAUUCGAAAAUAAGAGUUACGUAUUAAUUAAAUUCCUAACGAACCUAGAGUUCGUAACGGGC